AUGGCGCCAUGUGUGCAUUUCAUCACGGGCAACGCCAACAAGCUACGGGAGGUGAAGGCCAUUCUCGAGCCUGAAAUUGAAGUACAAAGUCAUGCCAUCGACUUGGAGGAAGUGCAAGGUUCGGUGGAGGAAGUAACCCUAUCAAAAUGCCGACGCGCGGCGGAGAUCUGCAUUUCCAGCAAGUGGUUUCUCACGACCACCGGCCUCAACGGCCUCAACAACCUCCUAGCAGCCUAUUCGGAUAAAUCAGCAGAGGCCGUCUGCACAUUCGGCUACUCAGAAGGCAAAGGCAAAACGCCAAUUCUGUUUCAAGGGCGUUGCCCGGGCAAAAUUGUAUUCCCGCGCGGCUCGACGCGGUUUGGCUGGGAUCCUAUCUUUGAGCACGACGGCAAGACGUUCGCGGAAAUGGAACCUGAAGAGAAGAACCAAAUUUCUCAUCGAGCCAAGGCGCUCGCCAGGCUGCGGGAGCACUUUCAAGAGCACGUUUAG